CCGUCCCUGAAAAGGCAAUACCACGUCUGGGCCGCGCCCGCCCCCACCCCGGCACCCAAGCCCCACUGGGCAGGUUGACACGGUCAAGGGCAGGCAGGCAGAGGGUGUCCAACCCCGCCUGGGGUGGCCCCAUGCCCAGCUGUGCCUGUUCCCAGCUCAGGUUUCAGGCCUCCGGACAGAAGGUAUGCUGGGGUCCAGACCCGCUCAGUCCCCGCAGGGCAGCCAGCCUGUCCCGGGCACUGCCGGUCAGCUCGGCCAGCGCCUGUGGCUGGAGGAUGCUUUAGAACCAGGUUUACCGUCAGGAACGAACUGGAGAAAGCACGCAGGCUGCUCGUCGCCGUCUGGCUGGCCCCUGCUCUGGGUAGCAAUGGCAUCAGUGCCUUCCAUUGGUUGCCUCCUGGCCAGAAAUCAGUAUUAUCGAAAGGCCAGCGUUUCUUCAGCUGCCUCCUUAGCUGCCUCUGAGUCUGUGAGCUUCACAGAUGAUGACAAGGCCCGGCAAGGGCAGCCUGAGGUGGCAGGACCCACGCAGUGGCUCUGGUCCUUUUUCCAACCCGAGUCUGUGCAGUCGGACGUGGAGCGAGAAGCCCCGGCCGCGGUGCCUUCAGAGAGCAAGUAGCAGUGCUCUACUGCAGUAAAGGAGUCGCAGCUCCUUGGAGACAUGGCUGAUUCCAGGACGGGGAAGAAACGGUAGAAGAUGAGCCUGGACCGUUUCAUGGUGCAAAAGAGACAGAAAUGCUCAGACAAUGGUGGGGACACGUCAAAAUAACACAGGAACAAAUUGGACAAAUCUGGGACCAUGCUAGCGAUGAAAUAAAUAACGAUAAUAAUGGGUAACUGCCCACAGAAUAAAGAGCCCAUCAGUCCGUACGAGUGUAAGUGAAUAACUGAAUGAGCAGAUAAACGAGAGGAGAAGGCUCUCUCCUGCAGCAGAAUUCUAGUUAGUACUAGAGGUGACAGAGACGGGGGCACUGCCGCCUCACAAACCUCACGGCAACCACCGUCCCAGCAAGACGCGCCAACGGACGCUGAACUCAACGGGCAAAGCACGAGAACAGGACGUCACCUGGUCUCAGGAGACAUGCCUACGAAUUACCGAGGGGAACACGGUGCCUUUCUGGCGGAAAAACCUGUCAGACACCACCUCAGCAGAAACCAGGAAGCAGGCAGAGACCAGCGACCCCCCCCAACCCCGGUCGCUGGUCGUCCCAGAUGCCCGCUCAGUCCCACGGCCGGUCCGCCCGGCCCCUGUCUGGGUCCAGCUACCAGAGGGAAGUGGACCUGCGGGGCUUGUGCCGAGCAGCUUUGAGCUCUGCCACACGAGGGCUAUCCCACGGCUGUAACACAGUGCUUGUGCUACGUUUUAGACACCUCACUAAGGACUAGCUACUCCACGGAUUAAAGAGUAGGUGACCACACAGUCCGAGAUUCUAACGUUCAGGCAAAGGGUUGUGACAAGUUUUCCACACGUGACGGACAUAAAAUAGAGUCAACUGACAAUAAUACUUGCUAAAUCCGAAGUGAGGCCAAUUGUCGAAAGAUACAUUCUUUUUAAAAAAAUACGUAUUUUUAAUUUUUAAAUUAUUAUUUUUUAAAAGAGGUAUUGAGGGCUGAACCCAGGACCUCGCUCCACCAUGCGCCCCACCACGUGCUCCACCACGCGCUCCACCCUCCCUUCGGGAAAGAUGUAUUGUUUACUGUCUGUAUAUUGAUCUGAAUUCUCUAGGCAAGUGUUUCAUUUAUUUUUCCACUUUACUUUGACUGUGAAGACAACCUCACUUAUGAAUAAGCGUUUCUCAGCACAUCAUCUUUGUCUUGCAAUUCGGGCGUUGUUGUAACGGGGGCUCUUUCAUGCAGCGCUGACAGUUGAUGUGACAACCCAGAAGGUCACCCCGAGAGCUGCUUGUGGGACCCACACCCAUGCCUGUUCCCGAUAGGAAGCGGCCCCUUCUUGGGAAGACACAUCAUAGGGGACAGGUCGCCACCACCCUCAUGGCGAAGCUCAGGCUGUCUCCUCUGCACUGGGACUCUCCCUGCCACCGCCCUGCUCCCUGGGGAAUGACGGCCAAGCCUUUGAAACUGUGCGCCUUCCAGCUGCAGUGGUUGAUGUGAUGUAGUCUUUUCAUUCCCCAAAUUAUUUUUCAAAAGUUGUUUUUUAAUUUUCAAAAUAUUUAAGUUCUGCUCUCUUUCUGUCUGUUGAGUGAUUUAUUAUGGCUUAGAACUGAAGCACGGGUGCUUAACACAAUGGUUUUAAGGGCAUUGGGUUCAGAAGUCUCUAGAAGAGCCAAAAAUUGUAUUUCUGAUCAUGAACAUUGGAAAUGGGAACCAUGCCUACAAGCACAUGACACACCAAACACACUGCUGUGCACACAGCCCGCUGGCCGUGGGGCAGACGCACACAUUCAUGGUUUGGAAUAAUCUUUAACAACAUGCAAAAUCACGAUGAGACAGAGGUGAGUGAAAAAAGGCAGGGGAAUUUAUGUGUGGUGUGAUCUGAGGUGUAUUAAGAAAGCAUCGUGUGUAAGAUCAGAUUGGAAGGAGAUGUACCAACAUGGACCCAUGGCUACUUCUGGAGAUGGGAUUUUGGGUGAUUUUCAUUUCCUUCUUUCUGUUUUCCCCAUAUCUUUUUCAAUUUUCUAAUAUGAACACAUUUUGUGUAUAAUUAGCAAGUAAUAAAUGUUUUUUAAAGUUGAAGUAUAGCUGGCUUACAAGGUCAUCCCGAAUAGGAGGACUGGAAUGCGUUUUUCCAAGGUGACCGUUCCCUGCGGCGGGUAGGAGAGUCCCUGCUCUCCUCCGUGUUGGGCAGACAAGGCUCAGUGAGUUCCAGCUGAAAAGCUUCUGUGUGCUGUUGCCAGUGUUUUUCAGUGUAAGACGUGAGGCUGAGAAGUUCGGGUGCUGAGCUCGCUCAGAGGUGGCUGUCCCUGCAGAGCGAGCACGCGGGAUCAUCACUGACACCGCCUUCCCGCCCGACCACAGGACCAGGCGCCACGUCAGGACUGGCCAGUCCCCCUGCUGGACGCUCCUGGCCUGUCCUUCACCGCCCUUUCCAAACAGGACGUGCAUUCCUUCAAGGCCAAGCUCCCGCAUCCCUGUGGGUCAACAGCAGACUCAGACCCCCCUUGCCCAGCAGCACGUCACUGUGAGGUGUCACCGCUUCCCUGGUGCUCGUUUCGUCUGCGCUUUCUACAUCUUCGUGGAGGCCGAUUAAGUUCUUGGACCACACAUUUCACUUGGCUUUAGUCUAAAGGCAAAUUACAAUGAGGGAAGAAUCCUAAUUUUUCUAAAGUGAAAGAAAAAUAUGGAGAAACAAAAUGGCAAAUUGUGGGAGGUUUUGCUUUUAAGAUGAUUGACAAAUUCCUUUUUUCUUAACCACCUGAUACAUGUGUGAGCAGACUGCUUGUGAGUUUCUUUGACGGGUUUCCCCAAACCGAUCAUCAAGCUGGUAUUUGCUUUGUUCACUCAGAAAGCUGCUACUUGUUAAAUUCAGUUUUUCCCAUGUGCUUGUAGUAUUUCGAACGUGUCAAAAAUUAUUGCUUGUAUAAGAGUUUAGUGUUACUGUUACUGAAAGUUAUUAUUGCUUAAAAUAGUUGAAUUUUACAUAAGACUUAAAAUAUAACAUAUUACUAUGAGUAUAUAUAGUUAUCAAGAAUUUUAGAGUGGGUAGUACACCUGCAUAUGUGUAUACGUGAGGACAUGCAGAUAGAUGACAGACGGACAGACAGAUACAGACCCUGAAAAAAAUUUAAGGAAUUUUUCCAAAAAAUAAUGUUAAAGUGAACUCUUAUAUAAUGAAUAGAAACUUGAAAGGAUUCCUCUGUGCUCUUCUAGAGUUUCUUCAGAAUUAUGAUAACAGAAAUAAAGGGAAAAAUGUCUUCUGGGUGGAUUCCAGUUAACUGCUUCUACUGUAAUUCUCCUACAGCUCAGACACUUUGAGGCUGGCUUUAAGAAGCACCUCAGGUCCCAACAUAACCGCGGUCUUAGUUGGAGUAUCUCCUGUGAGGCUUUGCUGCUGGUUGGGUGGAUGACAAGCAGUGGCGUCCACCUGCGGCACGGGCUGCGGUGACUCCGGGUGGCUGGAGGUGCGCUGUGGUCCGGGCACCACGCUAUGAGAUGCUGUUUGCCUUGGCCUGGAUGUUGGUAUUCAGUGCAAUAAGGUUUGGCAAUUCCUCCCCA